UUUUUAUUAACUUUCAUCAAUUGAUUGACGGCAGUAUCAGCAAAAUUGUGUGAGCAUAGUGUUUAAGAAUAUAUUCCGGUGUUAGUUACCCUUAUACAUGUAUAUUACAGCUAACAAUAAGAUUAUCAUUUCCAUGAUUACAUCAAUGACUUUAGGAAACCUCAUAGCUAUGAAUGUACUUGGUAAUGUAUCCUGGUUCAUUGUUUCAUAUGUCAAUUGCUUUUAAGAAAAUUGGAACACUUUGCCUUAUUAUGAUUAAACAAGACAUAUCGUUCUUUGCUGUGAGGAAAUACACUUUAGUAAUUGACAAGUGGUCCAAAGAAGCGGUUGCAAUUGUGUUGAUCUGUAUUUUAGUAAUUGGCAAGUGGUCCAAAGAAGCGGUUGCAAUUGUGUUGAUCUGUAUUUUAGUAAUUGACAAGUGGUCCAAAGAACCUAUUGCAGUUGUGUUCAUCUCUAUUUUAGUAAUUGACAAGUGGUCCAAAGAACCUAUUGCAGUUGUGUUCAUCUGUAUUUUAGUAAUUGACAAGUGGUCCAAAGAAUCUAUUGCAGUUGUGUUCAUCUGUAUUUUAGUAAUUGACAAGUGGUCCAAAGAAUCUAUUGCAGUUGUGUUCAUCUGUAUUUUAGUAAUUGACAAGUGGUCCAAAGAAUCUAUUGAAGUUGUGUUCAUCUGUAUUUUAGUAAUUGACAAGUGGUCCAAAGAAUCUAUUGCAGUUGUGUUCAUCUGUAUUUUAGUAAUUGACAAGUGGUCCAAAGAACCUAUUGCAGUUAUGUUCAUCUGUAUUUUAGUAAUUGACAAGUGGUCCAAAGAACCUAUUGCAGUUGUGUUCAUCUGUAUUUUAGUAAUUGACAAGUGGUCCAAAGAACCUAUUGCAGUUGUGUUCAUCUGUAUUUUAGUAAUUGACAAGUGGUCCAAAGAAGCGGUAGCAAUUGUGUUCAUUUGUAUUUUAGUAAUUGACAAGUGGUCGAAAGAAGCGGUAGCAAUUGUGUUCAUCUGUAUUUUAGUAAUUGACAAGUGGUCCAAAGAACCUAUUGCAGUUGUGUUCAUCUGUAUUUUAGUAAUUGACAAGUGGUCCAAAGAACCUAUUGCAGUUGUGUUCAUCUGUAUUUUAGUAAUUGACAAGUGGUCCAAAGAAUCUAUUGCAGUUGUGUUCAUCUGUAUUUUAGUAAUUGACAAGUGGUCCAAAGAAUCUAUUGCAGUUGUGUUCAUCUGUAUUUUAGUAAUUGACAAGUGGUCCAAAGAAUCUAUUGCAGUUGUGUUCAUCUGUAUUUUAGUAAUUGACAAGUGGUCCAAAGAAUCUAUUGCAGUUGUGUUCAUCUGUAUUUUAGUAAUUGACAAGUGGUCCAAAGAACCUAUUGCAGUUAUGUUCAUCUGUAUUUUAGUAAUUGACAAGUGGUCCAAAGAACCUAUUGCAGUUGUGUUCAUCUGUAUUUUAGUAAUUGACAAGUGGUCCAAAGAACCUAUUGCAGUUGUGUUCAUCUGUAUUUUAGUAAUUGACAAGUGGUCCAAAGAAGCGGUAGCAAUUGUGUUCAUCUGUAUUUUAGUAAUUGACAAGUGGUCCAUAGAACCUAUUGCAGUUGUGUUCAUCUGUAUUUGUGAAGUACUCCACUCUUGCAUUGACAACCUCCUCCUCAUCAAUGAAGCCAUCUUGGUUGGUAUCAAUGUAGUCAAACUGCAACUGGGCAUACGUUGUGUCCAAGCCAAGCACCUUCCAGUAACCCACAAAGUCAUCAAAUGGUAUUGAACCAUUAUUUUUAGAGUCAAGAAUCU